UCUGAUUCGGUUCCUCUUCGCGCUGAAUGGCGGGGACGAGGGCGGCUUUCUUGCAAGGAAGAUGGCGGUGUUCGCGGCCGCUACUGCUUCGCCGACUGACGGGGCGGCUCAGUCAUGUACAAAACGAAAGGAAGACAACCUUUCUAUUAAAGCAAUUACCAACUAUUUUUCGCCAUUGGGGAAAAAUGUUGAGAGCGUAUUGUCACCACCAAAGUCUAAUAAUAUAAUGGAUUAUUUCAAAAAACCUCCUAUAAAUGAGAAUGCUCCUUUACCUCGACUGGAGCAAGAAAGCAAAGCAAACUCACUAUCACUGGAAAAUUCUUCAAAGCCUCCAUCAAAACUUAAGUGGAGAGGAAAGCGGAAUAACUUAAAUAAUAAAUUAAAAACUGAUAAAACAUUUGAGCCUUUGGUAGAUAAGGAUAAUGAUAAAGAAACACCCAAUCCACAAGAAGAGAACUGUAAGGCGAGUUUCAAUGAUAUUGCAUUGAUUAGCCUCACAAAUGGAGAAGAGACAGUAAAUGUUUGUAGUGAAGGCUAUAUCAAUAAAGUUAGCUAUGAGAAUGAGGAAAGAAAAACUAAAAUAGAAGGAAUUGUAGUAAAAAGCAAUACAAAACAAUUAAAAAGAAAGAAGCCUAAGAAUGAAAUGGAGUUGUUUGAAAAUUCUACCACAGAGACACUGACAAAGGAUUCACGUAAAGAAACUAAUAAACAAAUUGUAUCUGUCACUGAAUCAGAAAAUAAAACUGCACUGCUUACUCUGGAUUCUGAGGCUAGCGCACAGGUGACAUCAUACAAUACUGUUACUGUAUCAUUUGAAGACUUCUUAAAAAGUCAAGGAGAACACAUCGAACAGAUUCCAAGAGAAAAGACACCUGAUGAUUGUGUUGCCUCUGAGAAAGCAGAUGUUGAUCAAGAUAGUCAAGAUUUGCCACUUAAGAAAGUGACUGUCCUCGCCCAAAUUCAUUCUGUCCCUCCAAAAUCUCUUCGGUCCCAAAAAAUUGCCUCUAUUUUUGAAAAUCAAAAAAGCAAAGCCAAAGUAAAAAAGUGUCCAGCUUCCUCAGAAAGGGAGUAUAUUGAACAGGUGACUCAAAAAAGAAAGUCAAAUGUGGUGAUUGCGGAAGAAGAGUUAGAACUGGCCGUAUUAGAAAGUGCAGGUUCAGAGACUGUGAAAUCAAAAUGCACUGCAGAAGAACGAUACCAAUUUAUGAAAGCUUUUAGACAGCCAGGAGCAGAUAUAGUAAAAAAUGGAGCUAAAAGAGGACCUAGUAAGCAGAAAGAAGUUGAAGAAAAACCAUCAGGCCACACACUAGAAGGGGAAGAAUGUGAGGAUGACUCUAACCAACAAACUGCAAAUAAUGCGUUGAUAGCUUCUGGUGGUGGCACUGCCCAUGACAUUACCGAAAAAUGUGAUAGCACCAGAGUAAGAAAUAAAUCCAAAAAGCAGAAGGGCGUAGUGGAAGCAAAAGAGAAGGAUUUCAAUAUAAAUGAUAACCAGAACAAUAAUGCUCAUGGUCCAAUUAAUAGGACAACACCAACUGAGAAAGAAAGAGAACUUUCUCAAAAAAGUAAGGGGUUGAGAAGACAUUGUCGGCAAAAGAGAAGCCAGAGUACACCGGAAAAAGCCAUGGUUUCACAGACUAUCACUGAAAAUCCACCAGAUGCUUGUCCUUUGCAGACCUCUACUCCUAAAACAAACCGAUCUUUUAAAAAUGUCUUGUAUACAGCUGAAGUGAUAACUGAGCCCUUUGAUUCACAGAGCCCAAUAAGGAUGAAGUUCACCCGAAUUAAUACCUCAGACAGAUUUGCGCAGCAGAAUGUAAAGAUGAAUUCAACUUCUAGAAAUAUUUUCAAAGCAAAGAAAUUGGUUGAGAAAGCAAAGGCUGUACAGCAUAAUCGAAUAUCAAGAACCAUGGAAGAAGCGUUACAUGUAUCUUUAAGACGCUCUUCUAGACAAAAGGCUCUUGCUGAAAGGAAACAUUUAGAAAAAAUAGAAAACUCCCAAGCUCUGGAUUCAGGCACUGUUUCAGACCACAUAGAAAAGCCCAAAAAACUCCAAAGUGUAAAUGAUGUAUUGGGGAAAAAGACCAAAUUUGUGAAGGCAACUAAGAAAUCAAAUGGGAAGGAGAAAAUGUCUCUGGCAAUUAGGAAAAAAAACAAAAAAUCUACAGAUGAAGCAGUUAUUUUUGUCAAAUCCAGUGAAGAUGAGUCUGAAAACUCGCAAGAUUACACAGAGUUCAAAGCAAAACGUGAAUUUUUAAUGAGUGGUUUGCCAGAAUCUUUAAAGAAAAAGAUUGCAAAAAAAACAGCGGUGUUGGAAGCAUAUUCUGCAGCUAAUUCCUGUUUUCAAAAAGUGAUCCAUGUUCAGCAGAAGGACGACAGAUGCUUGAUGUGGAGAUUGGCACCACCUUCUUGUUCCUUCUUAACUAAACUUAAGGAUGUGAAUUCUGAAGUAACUGAUGUUGCAAAACUUACUCUUUCACUGGGUGAACUCUCAGUUUUAACUACACAACCUAAUAACAAUGAUUCUGUAGUUGUGGUGCCAUCUGGGUGGCAACUGGUAUUUUCCAAAAUGCAGAGGGAUGUUUUGUUGGAAGAGAUUCAAUCUUUCAAUGCUCAGUUUCCAGUGAAACUAUUUUUUGAUCUACUUUUGAAAAAACAAGCUCCUCCUGAAAACAAUGAACAAGUAAAUAAAUGUGAAUCCGUUAAUUCUGAAACAAUCAUAGUUGAAGUUCAGAAAGAAGGCAAAAGAAAACGGAAAACUGAAGAUCGCAAAUGCAAAAGAAAGAACCGGAAGGAAAAACAAGAGCCUGAAUUAUCAAAAAGCUCUUCCCAGAUACCAGAUUUUGCAAGUGGAGAUAUGCUUUGGACCGAAAAAUACCAGCCACAAAACUCCAGUGAACUUAUAGGCAACAUCGAAGCAAUUAAAAAGCUACAUAGAUGGCUGUGCGAAUGGAAAAGAAAAGCCAGUUGGGAAGAAAACAGAACACAAAAAGAAAAGAAAAACGGCAGCAAAGAUGAUUCCUCGGAGCAUUUGGACUUUGUAGACGACACAUCUGUCAGCGAUGAAGAGAAUGUUUUGUGCAACACCAUGUUGCUCGUUGGACCCCCAGGGAUAGGGAAGACAGCAGCUGUCUACGCUUGUGCACAGGAGCUUGGCUUCAAGAUAUUUGAAGUAAAUGCUUCUUGCCAACGCAGUGGAAGGCAGAUUCUCUCACAAUUAAAAGAAGCUACGCAGUCUCACCAAGUGAACAAACAAGGGGUACAAGCUCAUAAGCCAUGCUUCUUUAACCAUUACAGCAGCACUAAGUCUCCAAAGAAACAAUCUCCCAGAAAAGAAUGGUCCCCAAGGAAGUUUUCAGUUUCACCCAGAAAAGUUGGAUUAAAACAAGGCUUAAUGCCCCAAACCCUAGACAAUUAUUUUAAAUUAACUUCCAAACUGAAGAACCAAGAAGAAAAAGUACCAAGCAGCAAUAAAGAAAAUAGGAAAAGCUUAGCCGAAAACAAACCAGAGUUAAAAUCAGGAAAAAGAAGAAAAAAGGAAGAAGAAUCCAGUAAUAAAUGUGCAACUUCUCUUAUUCUUUUUGAAGAGGUUGAUAUAAUAUUUGAUGAAGAUACUGGAUUUCUAAAUGCAAUAAAGACCUUCAUGAGCACUACCAAGAGACCUGUCAUUCUAACCACCAAUGAUCCAUUGUUCAGUGAAACAUUUGAUGGCUGCUUUGAACAAAUCACCUUCAGAGUACCUUCUUUGAUAAAUGUGGCUAGCUAUCUCCAAGUUCUGUGUUUGGCCGAGAAUUUAAGGACCGAUAUCAGAGACUUUGCUGCCUUGUUAACUGUGAAUAACUGUGACAUCAGGCAGAGUAUUCUAUAUUUGCAGUUUUGGGUCCAGAGUGGUGGUGGUUACUUGAAAGAAAAAGGGAACUGGACAGAGAUCAAUGGCAUAAAACCGAACGCUUCCAUCAAAGAAUCAACUAGCUCAAAUUCAAAGCAACCUAUUCUUGAGAAUAUUCCAAAAUGUAAUACUGGCUGCACUGAGAAUCUGCUUGGACUUAAGAACAUAUUUUUGCCUUCAGAAGAUUUGUUCUCAUUUCUUAAGCGUGAAAUCAGAACAAAAGAAGAUUGGAACAAACUGAUACAUCUGCUCACAGAAUUCCAGAUGAGGAAUACAGACUUUACUUACAGCAACCUUGAAAUUGUAUCAUCUUUGCCUCUUAAUAUAAUUCCAGAAGCAAUUGAAAUAGCCAGCCCUGCAUGUAGCUUUAUUGCAGAAAAGGCUUCAAGUAGUAUGUGCAUUGAUACUGACUACUUAGAGGAAGCCCCUCCUGUGAAAAAGGCUAAACGAUCAAAAUGUCUGAAAAAAAUGACUGUGUUGGACGAUAGCGAUUUAUUUGAACGUGGAUUAAAUUACUCCGGGUUUGUUACACUGUCCCCUGACACAAGCACUUCAAGCUUAGAAGAAACAGGCACAGUGGAAUCUAUGAAGGUUGGCACAGGAGUACCGAAGGAUGGGACAUCUGUCAGCGCAAAAGAUUCUGUAUUUGUAUCCCAGUGUUUAAAUUCCUUAACUGAAUACCUGGACAAUAUGUCUUUCUUGGAUUGUUAUUUCACUGAACCCACCCAAGCAUCCAAGCAGGCCGGUAAAUAUGGAGAUUUUAUUUGGACCAAGGGGAAGAUAAAAAAUGGUCUCUCUGAUGAAUUUAGUGUGGAGUACACUGACUGGUGGAAUUCUCAAAGCUCUAGCGAACUAAAAGCAACAAUGGAGGCGUUAAGUUUUAACAAAUGCUCCAAGAGUAUUUCAAAAAUCAUGGACAGUUGCUUGAACUGUAAUAAAACUCUCCAGAAGAAUGAAUUUGAAGAACUCUCUCCCCAUGUUUCAAAAGAACAAGCUGAUUUAUACUUCGGCCGGUCAGCAGCUAAUUCCAGCAUUCACUAUAAUGCACAGAAGAGGAUAGAAUUAAUUAAAACUGUGUUUUCCAGUACACCUUUAAGUCUUAAUAGCAAAAAAGCCAGUGUAAUGGAAUAUCUGCCAAUUCUUCGCAACAUUUGUAAAUCAGAGAAACAGAAAGAACAGGGGAAGACAAAAAGGAGGUUUCUCCACUAUCUGGAAGGGAUUCAUCUUCCCAAAGAAAUUUUGAACAGCCUGGCAACUGACUUUCCUUAAAACAGUGGCCAAGAAUAACAUUGUAAAUAGAAAUGUAUAUUCAAAAGACUAUUAUAUUUUUAAUCUUUAUUUAUGAAGGAUGCAGAUAUACCAACUAGUUACUUUCCACAUUCCCGGUCAGCUUUUAAUUUGUACAACAAUAGAUCAAUUCAGAUGCUUUAAAAAACAGCUCAAAGCUUAUCAAUACAUCAGGUGAUUGACUUGAAAAAGAUGUGGCUUUCUGAUGUUAAUAAACAUCUUAAUGCCAGAAAGCCACAUCUUUUUCAAGUCAAUCAGUUGAUGCAGUGAUAAGCUUUAAAAAAGCACCUCUUUGAAUUGAUCUAACAAUAAAUCCAGAUUAACCAAAUGUUAACAGGUGACACUCAGCAAUUACCCUGCUUUAGAUUGAAGUGGUUGGUGUGUUGCAUGCAUCUGCAAAUGUGCAGACCUGUACAUUGGUCCCUAGCAGGCGAAGUCUGUGAGGGAAAACAGUGAAUUUUGUAAAUCCCUUUCUUACAUUAACAACUCUUUGCAGCUGUUUGUCUGCAUUUCUGUACAUCCUUUUAUACUAUUUUAUUAUUGUACCAACACUUGUUUUUUAAAAGUUUCUAUCCCUGCAAUAAAGUAAAAUAUCUGGAAGGAAGGGCGUAACUUUUUAUACGGUAAUUUUGUGAGGUAAAAAUGCAAAUUUUGGGUUCCCCUACUCAUUUCUCCCUAGAUAAUUUCCAUGUUCCUUGUACUACUUUUAAUCCUAAUAAUGCAGAUUGUUUGGAUUAGAAUAAAAGAAAGUAUUUCCAUCCUUGGUAACUCCUGAAGUCUGUUGCAUGUCAAUUGGCCAAGUGGAAAAAUAAUCGUUAAAACCAUUCUUAUGUUUUUUUAAAAAAGCCCUCUUGAUUAGCAUAUUCUACCAGACAUACAAUAUGGCUUUGAAACAUUUGAUAAGUUGCUUAUUUGAUAAGUUACUUGUCACUGAUCCAAAACAUGUUAAUUAUAUAAUUCUUUCAUUUUUAA